AUGGAAACUCCAGGACCUUCCAAUGACAACAAAUGUUCAAAAGGUGAUGUUUAUGAGUUUAUUGACUCACAAGAAACAGACAAAAAACAUGUGACCAAGAAAAAACCUAAACAACUGAAGGCACAGGUUGUUAACGAAGUACUUAAUCUUAUUUGUAAAACUAAAGAAAGUUUACAGCAUCUGAGAGAAGUGGAGAAAGAUUUGAUACAGGAGGUGGAAGCAGGAAGAAAAUUUGGAAAGAAGAAAUCAGAGGAGCCUAAUUCUCGAUCAUGUGAUGUUUUCUCUAGAAAGAGACCUCUUGAAGUUUCAGUUUCAAAUGUACCUUUAGUGGACCAGAAAAACAGCAAGAAACAUUGGCACCGGAGAAAAAUGUCUGACGUAGAAGCGGGUUCUGUUCGACGGUCUGUAUCGACCGCUAUGGUUAGGGAGAACGCUUUCAGUAGGUACGUGAUGGGAAAUGUCCAGCCACUAACGGACUGGUUACAGGAUAAACCAUUUGUCUUACGUUUUGUUGUCGGUUGUGUACGAGGGUAUGGCCAACCUAUUUUCCUCAAUAAUCCAAUCAGCGGCACUAUCAUAUUUGCUGCGCUGCUUGUGCAGAAUCAAUGGAUGGCGAUCAACGGCAUGGUAGGGAUAGUGACUUCCCAGCAAAGUCCGCCUGAAGAAUCGUGGUAUGGUUAUUUGGUGUUCCCAGUUAUGCUAUAUUCUUCGUUUAGCGUGUUGUUAACCAGUGCACUUGGAAACCUUUUAGGACAGUGGACAAUUCCAGCAUUUAACCUGCCAUUCAACAUCGCAACGUUUUUGUUUAUAGCCGGCACUGGUCCAUAUAAUGCGCAUUUUGCCCAGGCGUCGGGUGUUUCCCCGGACAUGUGGGAAGGCCACUCACUUGAUUGGAUUGAGAUUCUGAAAUCAAUCCCCCGUGGUAUUGGUCAGUGUUAUGCUUGCGACAACGUCAUAUCCGGCUCUCUCAUCACCUUUUCCAUGCUCGUCUGUUCACCUAUUAUAUUUGGGCAUGCGCUGUUGGGGUCGUUGUUAGGAAUAUUCACAGGAAUGGCUUUAGCUGUACCGCCUUCACAAAUAUACGCCGGUGAGUGGGGAUACAAUGCGAUGUUGAGUUGUUCGUGCAUUGGUGGUUUCUUUUAUGUAUUGACUUGGAGAUCUCAUUUAUUAGCACUGUUUUCAGCCGUGUUUGCGACUGCUGUGUGUGCAGGCAUGGUGGGCAUGUUGACACCGUUACCAGUUCUGGCGUUUCCAUUCUGUAUAGCCUCGGCAAUGAGUCUGCUGAUGACAAGUGAGAGUAAAAACCUCAUCAGAGUGCCGCUGAGUACAAUCACCUACCCAGAGGAACAUCGGCGGAAGUUUAAACCGAGUAAUGUGGCAGUACACGACGUAAUAACAUAG